AUGAGGCGUAAAGGUGGCCUAGGCCACCCUGUCGUUGUCCCCAGCAGCCAGGGCCACCGGCGUGUCCCUGUGGCAGCAGCUGUUGGGGGCACGGGGGGUGGGAAGCUGCAGACGCUGGACGUGCUGCUGCGGCGCCUGAAGGCGGGGGCCCACCGCGUCCUCAUCUUCACCCAGAUGACCCGGAUGCUCGACAUCCUCGAGCGCUUCCUCACCUACCACGGCCACAUCUACCUGCGCCUGGACGGCAGCACCCGUGUCGAGCAGCGCCAGGCCCUGAUGGAACGUUUCAACGCCGACAAGCGCAUCUUCUGCUUCAUCCUCUCGACCCGCAGCGGUGGCGUCGGCGUCAACCUAGCGGGUGCCGACACCGUCGUCUUCUAUGACAGCGACUGGAACCCCACCAUGGACGCCCAAGCCCAGGACCGGUGCCACCGCAUCGGCCAAACCCGUGACGUCCACAUCUACCGGCUCAUCAGCGAGAGGACGGUGGAGGAGAACAUCCUCAAGAAGGCCAACCAGAAGAGGAUGCUGGGAGAUAUGGCCAUCGAGGGGGGGAACUUCACCACCGCCUACUUCAAGCAGCAAACGAUCCGGGAGCUGUUUGACAUGGCGCCGGAGGAGCCGGGACGCCGGGAGCCGGACAGGGACAAGGAGAAGGAGAAGGAGAGGGACGGGGACGUCCCCCCCGAUGAGGACGAGGACCCGGCAGCCACCCGGCGCACACACAUCCUCGAGCAGGCGCUGUGCAGGGCGGAGGACCCCGAGGACAUCCGGGCGGCCUCGCAGGCGCAGGCGGAGCGGGUGGCGGCGUUGGCCGAGUUCAGCGAGAGCCUCAGCCCCGAGGAGGAGCGGGGUGGCCCGGAGCCCGAGGAGGAGCUCUCCAAGGCCGAGCAGGAGAUCGCCGCCCUGGUGGAGCAGCUGACGCCCAUCGAGCGCUACGCCAUGAACUUCUUGGAGGCCUCGCUGGAGGACGUCAGCCGGGAGGAGCUGAAGCAGGCGGAGGGCACCCCAAAACCUCCCGAGGGCACCCCGAAACCCGGCACAGCCCCUCCCGCCCACGCAGGGCAGCCACCGUGGCUAAAAGCGAUGGAAGCGGCCCCCAAAAUGGCCUUGGGGACCUCCAAAAAGGCCUCGGGGACCUCUAAAAAGGCCUUGGGGACCCCCAGAAUUACCCUGGGGACCCCCUAA